AUUUUUCAAAUUCAUCCAUCAGCGCUAUCCUUUGGUUUUCAGUCUCUCACAGACACCACAGAUUCUUCUUCUUCUUGACAUACCCAUUAUCCGUGAAACAGGGGAAGACCACCGCGCACCGCCACCCAAACUCCGUUCUCCGACCUCCCGCUGUUCGUGCUUUUCGCGUUCCUAUUGUUUUGAGAGCACUGAUUCUCAGCGAAAGCUCCUCGUUUAGCGUGACUUUUGCUUCCGAUCUGCUCAAAAUCUACACAAAUCUUCGACCUAUUCUUCGAGGAAGAAGAAGAAGAAGAUCGACCUUAACAGGAGGAGAUAAAAGGUGAGUGUAGUAAAGGAGAAUGGCAGUUACGUUUGCAGCAAGUAUGUGUUCUAUCACAAAUUCUAAAACGCCUCAAGAGAUCAAAAGAUUUGACAUUGAAGAUAAACUGCAAUCCAGGUUUAAUAUUGCGCUGUCUCCUAAUAUAGGUUUGAGCCGCAGGCACCUUUCCACCAGUGUUGGCACUUCAUUGGUUGCGAUAACAUGUUACGGUUUAUUGCCAUUAACGGUAUGGGCUGAAGAGAAGUCAGAUGACAAAGAGGAGAAUGAAAACGGUGUUAUUGGGGCCAUCAAAUCGUUAUUUGAUCCCAAUGAGAAGACAAAGUCGGGAAAGGUUUUGCCAAAGGCUUACAUAAAGUCGGCAAAAGAAGUGGUGAAAACACUGCGUGAAUCUUUGAAUGAAGUCCUUGAUGAUAAUGCCAAGUUUAGACGAACUGCAGAUGCGGCAAAGGAGUCGAUUCGGGAGUAUCUUGGUAGUUGGAGGGGAAACAAGACCGUUGCUCAAGAAGAAUCAUAUGUUGCUUUGGUAAAUGCAGUAAGAUCUUUGGCAAACUUUUACUCAAGGGCAGGGCCAUCAGCCUCAUUGCCGGAAGAAGUAAAGUCUGAAAUAUUAGAUUAUCUGAAUACUGCUGAAGAUUCUUUGUAGAAAAUCUUACAGAAUGUAUUAUAGAAGCAGAUAGCAUGGGAGUGGCAAAUUCUUGUGCAAAGAAACUGAUCAAACUUGUGUUUUUUCUAUUCUUGUGAUUUUAAUACAGACGCAUCAUAAUAAUAAUUCAUAUAUUUUAUUUUUUGAAAAUUAA